AUGCCAACCUACUCAAGAUUUAAGGAAAUCUUGAGUGGGAAGAGAGAUUGCGACGUAAAGGAAAUGAUGAAUUUGACCGAGAAUUGUAGUGCAAUCAUUCUUAAUCAAAUGCCUCCCAAGCUCAAGGAUCCGGGAAGUUUAUCUAUCCCAUGUGCUAUUAAAGCCCUUGAGAUUGGGAAUGCUCUUUGUGAUUUAGGGGCUAGUGUGAGUUUAAUGCCAUAUUCGGUGUUCACUACACUUGACCUUGGCGAGUUGGUUCCUACCAAUAUCACACUUCAACUUGCCGACCGAUCGGUCAAAUAUCCAAUUGGCAAGGUUGAAGAUGUGCCAUUGCGAGUAGGCAAGUUCGUCAUUCCCGUGGACUUUGUGGUGCUCGAUAUUGAUGAGGACGCCCAUGUCCCAAUCAUUCUUGGGAGACCAUUUUUGGCCACGGUGGGGGCUAUUAUAGAUGUUAAACAAGGAGUGAUCACACUUAAGGUGGGCAAGGAUAGUCUUACAUUCGACUUGACUGACACCAUGCACUAUCCUAGAUCCCUUAUUGAGGAUUGCUUCUUUGUGGAUUCCCUAGACCCCCUCGUUCAUGAUAUGCACAAGCAUUUGCUCGUUUCUAAUGAUCCACUUGAGUUUACUCUUUUGAACAAGGUAGGUGUAGGAAAUGUAGGUGUGGAAGCGGCACAAUACAAGGAGAAAAUGAACACCACCCCACUUGGUGACGAAUGUUACGAUUUGCUUGACCGGGAGGACGUCCUUGAUGAUCUUAAGAAACGUAAUGGUAAGGAAGCUCCCAAGGUUGAGCUCAAGGCUCUACCUUCGAGCUUGAGGUAUGUUUUCCUUGGUCCCAACUCUUCCUACCCCGUCAUUGUUAAUGCUAGUCUUGAUGAUGAGAAACUCCUUAAGCUCGUCCAAGUUUUGAAGAGGCAUCAAAGUGCUUUGGGGUAUACCAUUGAUGAUUUGAAAGGCAUAAGCCCGGUACUUUGCAUGCACCACAUCGAGCUUGAGGACAAUGCCAUCCCACAUCGGGAAAGACAACGCAAGCUUAAUCCACCAAUGGGUGAGGUGGUUAAGAAAUAA